AUGGUGACUGGACAGCAGUCCAGUCUGGAGGAGAAAGACAAAGUGGAUUUUAAUGACAUCGUCACGUCGGGACUAGCUUACAAGCUUCUGACGGACAUUAUUGUCGACUCAACACUUUUGCUUGAGGAAGGCGAAAAUCUGUACCUCUUUAUUUGCGCCCUCUCUGAACUCAGACGAAGCGGACACUCGACCGAGCUUCGAGGCCCGUCAGAUGGAGACAUGUCGACCCGACUGACAUGA